CGAGGUCAAAUUUGUAAUUUUGGGAUUGCCUUCGGACCAGACACUGGUUCACUACACUGGCUCAACAAUACAGCUGCUCAAUACAAACUCUUCAACGUGCCUGCUUCAUCGUCUUCGUCUUCAUCGUAGUAGCAGAUGGCAAAGGGUGGUGCCACCAAUACAUACGAAGAAGCUCGGAAGCAACGGCUUGCAGAAAACAAAAAACGAUUUGAGGAUCUUGGGAUUUCAAAGAUUUCAAAAAAUUUAUCUGAACUUGUCACACCAGAGAAGAAGGCUCCUCCGCAACGUCGACCAAAACAAAGGUCAAACAGUAAUGAUGUAGUGGAACCAAGACGCUCUUCUCGUGUGCGAAAUGCUGUUCCUUCAUAUCGUGAGGAUGUAUUCAUGGACCUGCCACCCUUGAGGAAGAGGUCGAGGUCAUCUUCAUCAGCAUGGGGAAGUUAUGUUGCAAGGCCACUAGAAGAAAUCAAAGAAGCCACAGAUGAAGAAAGAAUUGUGCUUUAAUGGCAGCAGAGACACUCCUAAGCGAUUUACAGACUUCAAAUCCAACAUUUAUUAAAUCAAUGGUCCGGUCUCAUGUUUAUAGCUGCUUUUGGUUGGGUCUCCCAACUAGAUUUUGUCAAGAACAUCUUCCAAAGACCGCUUGUGACAUGAUUUUAGAGGAUGAAAAUGGCUCAGAAUUUGACGCUGUCUUCCUUGGCAAUAGAACCGGGAUUAGCGGAGGCUGGAGAGGAUUUGCACUGGAUCAUAAGUUGGAUGAUGGUGAUGCACUUGUUUUUGAGUUAGUUGAACCUGCGAGAUUUAAGAUUUAUAUUGUCAAAGCCUUUCCAGAAUCAGCUGAAGAUGGACAGGAGACUUUGGAUGAAGAAGCUGAUACUUGUGCAGCCAAGAAGCACAAAUCACAAUCAAACAGGACACAAAUUCUUGAACAUGCUGUGCAUGAAACUAAAGAAUCUGCAAGUUCUCAGGAAAAUAAUGUUGACAAUGAAAUCGAGCCACAAGAGCUAAACCCAGCUAGAAAUACGAGAUUUUCUCAGAGAAAAUCUCAGAAAGAAUCUAAAGAUCGUAAGCUGCUUGUUUCUGGUGGUUCAAUAAAGGAAGAAAAUAUUGAAGAAGGGAAAAUUGUAUGGAGAAUGCAAAAGCAGCCAUGAAACAUAAUUCUCAGGGAAUCAAGACAAGGUCAAAACGGGGUACGCGAAAAUGAACAUGCUGGCAGUGAGUUGAGGAACUAGAAAGUAGAAUCAGUUGAAGCAGGCAAAAUGGCUUUACAAACCAAGUAAAAAACUUGCUUCUAAUUUUUUCAGAACAGAAAGCAUAGCCCUUGAGGAUAAUAGAAUGUUCAUUUUCAUGGCUGUUACUGAUAUAAUGAUAGAGUGCCUUCUAAAAUUUGUUCUGUUUUUCCUGCUUUUUAACUGCUUCCUUGUAUUCUGUUUCUGCCUUUUCUCUUGGCAGUCUAGAAAUUAUUGGCUGCCUCAUAUGUGACAAA